CUCUUUCUCUACUGUACAACCGUGACCGACCGACAGACCAACAGAAGCUGUAUUCUUUUCCCCCUCUUUCUUCCACCUUCGCAUAACCACAAUCGUCUCCAGCAAUGCGCACCGCAACACUAUUAUCGGCCAUCGCCGGCGCCUUCCUCCUGCAAAUACCGGCGUCUCUCGCAGACGUUGAGAUCACAACGCCAGAUGCGAAGACUAAGUGGGUCGGUGGCAGCACGGUUGAAAUGAAGUGGCGCGACGAUAAGAAGGAGCCCAAGCUCGACCAGUUCGGCGCGUUCAGUGUGUACCUGUGUUGGGGGAGUAAUAAUGUUCCGAUGUGCGAAACGCCCCUCGGCUCCGUCGGCGCGAAGUUCUCGUCGUCCAUGGUAUCGACGAAAUUCCAGAUUCCUGCUGCGGCGGGCGGGAACGGCGAUGUCUACUUCAUCAAGAUGGAGACUGUCGCGACGACGGGCGGGUUCACGUGGAACUACAGCCCCCGCUUCACACUCAGCAAGAUGACGGGGACGUUUUCUUCCGCAGCGCAGCUAGAACAGGACAAGGGCGACACUUCCCCUCCCGCGGGCACUGACACCGUCGCCACGGGCGGCAGCGUCUCCGGCGACGCGGCGGAGUCGGCAAAAAUCCCGUAUACGCUGCAGACGGGCGCGACGAGGUACGCACCCAUGCAGACACAGCCCGCAAAGAGCAUCACCGCGAAGAAGGCUAGUAGACAGUAUCCGACCUCUGCGUAUACGGUGUAUAAGACGAGAGGACCGGACCCGAAUGUGAGGACGACGAUUACCCUGCCGUGGGAUUAUGUCGUUACUACUGCUAUCAAUACGGCGGCCCCCGCACCGGAUCCCCAGGACGAUGAUGAGGAUAUGCGGAAGUUCAUGAUGCGGUGGAGGGAUUGAGCUGAGCCGGGUCGGUGAAUGAAUGAGGUUUGGCGGUGUAGGAAUGAGCGGGAACCUUCGUACAUACCGUCGUCGCGUGGGCGGAACGUUCAGGGCAUGGCGUUUAGCUCUGUCACUAAUGGAAGUCUCUUUUCUUGUCUUUCUUGUCUUUCUUUCUUUCGCAGGGGCGUCACGAUAUGAUGUUUUUUUCUUCUCUUUCUUUCCAGCUUUCUUUACGGCGUAAGAUAUCAUACACAUGGAAGUCGCAUACGCUGGAAUCGAGUUUUGUAUUUAUGAUUGUACCAUGUACCCUACUGCACUACGGAAGUUGCGACGUUGGUGCCUGACAUGUGUCUGCCACGAUCGAAAUCUUGUGCAAGUCUGUCAUCUAUGUAGAUUAGAUUGGGUGCGGGUGGGAGUACCGGGCACCAUCCGAAACGAGUCUUGUCCUGCC